AUGACUCACUUUCAUGCUGAUGCACCCACGAAGGUUGAUGCCUCCAAUGUUGCUGUUGGCGCCGUUCUCCAACAACGUCUGCCAGAUUCUACCGUGCGUUUGGCCUUUUUCUCCAGGAAAUUUCCCAGGGUUGAAACCCGCUACAGCACAUUCGGGCGUGGACCUCUUGCCGUGAGGCACUUUUGGCAUUUACUGGAAGGUCGAGAGUCCCUAAUUUUCGCAGAUCAUAAGCCACUCACCUUUUCUCUGUAUUCCUACUCUGACAAACUAAAUCCCUAGGAGAUCCACCUGGACUACAUUUCGCAGUUCACUUCAAACAUCCGUUACAUUGACGGGUCACGGAAUGAGGUAGCUGACGCACUGUCCAGGCCUUCUAUCGCUCAUCUCCAGCUUUCACCCGGGAUCGACCUCGCUGAGAUGGCCGCUGAACAACUCCGUGUCAGUUCACCCUGUAAUGAGGAUGUUUCCGGACUCCAAGUUCAGCAGCUACCACUGAGAACUGGCAACGACAUCAUUUUAUGCUACGUACCCACCCCUUUCCAUCGUCCAUUUAUGCCACCAUCCCUUCGCCGCAAAGUUUUCUCCUCCUCCUUGCACAAUCUGUCUCACCCUAAGAGUCGAGCUACCGACAAGCUAAUCUUCGACCGCUUCGUCUGGCCUGGGGUGCAAAAGGACCUCAAAGCGUGGACACGGGCUUGUAUGGUCUGUCAACAAAGGAAGGUCCAGCGGCACUGCAAGGCCCCAUUGGCAGCUUCUUCGGCCCUGGUGCAAAGUUCAGCCACGUUCACUUGGUCAUCGAGGGCCCCUGCCUCUGUCCAAUGGUUGUUCCUAUCUCCUCACCUGUGUGGAUCGGUUUACUCGGUGGCCUGAAGCUAUCCCCCUGCCUGACACUGCUGCUCCAACGGUGGUCAAGGCUACCCUCAGUCGUCGGGUUGCCAUCUUUGGUGUGCCCUCCACUGUCACGACUGACCGCGAUGCCCAGUUUGAGUUUAACCUCUUCCAGUCCCUCCUCCCCUUUUUAGGCUGUACCCAAAUCCGGACGACAGUCUAUCAUCCGGUUACCAACGGGGUGGUCGAGCGUUUUCAUUGCCAGUUGAAAACCUCAAUACGCGCCGCGGAGGAUCCGGAGAAUUGGACAGAUAAUCUUCCCUUGGUCCUCUUGGGUAUCCGCUCCGCUGUCAAGCUGGACCUUGACUAUUCCGCAGCUGACCUGGCCUUUGACGCCACCGUCCGCCUGCCCGGUGAGAUCAUCUCACCAAUCCCGCCAGCGCCUUUGGCCAGUUGGAGAGCUGAGUGGGCGAAUGCCAGACAGCCCUGGUGCGCGAGCUCGGACACUCGCGAGAGGCCCAGUGUUGAGUCAGGCGCUCGGAGUAGGGCCACUACAGACCUAAUACGACCGUCACGUGAACCCACAACUGGGCACCCCUACAUCCCUAUAGCAAUAUAA